CAAUUCCAACUAGAUUCCUUCGCACCUUAGACCAUGACCCAACACUAUCCCCCUUUACACCCAAUAUAAAUUUCAAGAAAACAAUUCACUAAACAUAACUCUCUUCAUUCAUCGCCUCCAAUGGCUGCUACCAUGUCUAAUUUCUCAAGCCAGAGCACCUCCCAAAGAUCACUGGCCAUGAUGUUGGCUCUAGUCUCAGCAGUGGUGUUAUCUCCUUUGUAUGCCAACUCCAAGAGCGAUACGAGGAGCUACCAUGAAUCAAGAUGGAGCUCUAGUUUUGUUCUCCCUAUGGUUCUUGCUGGACUCAUAAUUGCCAUCAGAACAGCGUCUUCGCCUUCGACCUCUCCGAGAUCCUCACUGCUACCUUCUCCUGACCCCUCAUGGGUGCUCAGAAUCGGAAGCUCUUCUUGGGGACUUGCGGCGGUUUUGCUUAUGCUUUUGCUUGUUCUCUAUUGGCAAGCAUCAGUUCAAGAAUUCUUUUGGAGAUAAGAGCCCAGUUCCGUCACUGCCAAUGUGUUAGUGUAAGUUGUGUUGCAAUUUUGAUCAAAUGAGACCAUGUUGGUUUUAGGUUUCCUCUGUGUAAGUUGUGUUGCAAUUUUAAUAGAAGAAGGGGAACCAAAUUCUCUGUGUAACCUGCUUGGUUUUAGGUUUCCUCUGUAAUUUAAACAUAUUAAAGAUAAUAAAUAAUUUUAUGUUUUAACA